AACACCAACAUCUUGAGAAGUUCCUCGAUCAUAUAACCCCGCCUCUGACCUAUAUCGCCUUCAACAUUUCUCUUGGCAUCCUAGGAUUUUCCUCAGGUCACAUCGUAGCCCGCGUCGCAAAGUUAAGUUCAGUUCAGAAUGCCUCUAAUCGCCGAGUCCUACGACUCCCUACCAUACGCCGACCCACCGCUCGACCUAACCCCAGCCCAAUCCCUCAUCGCAACCGAACUCGGCAAAAUCCCAACAACCGCACACCCACUCCUCCCGCCCUCAGAGCCAUGGUCCCCGUCCUCCCCCCUCAUGCAACAAGAACUGGAUCGAGUAGCGCGGAAAGAACCGUUGAACGCAAUCGAUCUGUCAAAAUAUUCCGCACCGACAAUGCCAGGUCCAAAUGCCAGCAUAAACGAAUGGAAAUCCGCCCUCCACCAAGCCUACAUCGCGGCAACAGCCCUCUCACUCCGCUCAACCGACCUCUCACUCCUAAAAUCCUACGGUCAAAAUGCGUGGCUCAUCCACCUCGAACAACUCUCCUCUCUCCUCCUCGCGCAUGAACGUCAACUCGAAACGCUGCGCGAGGAAGUCAAGGCUGUGAAUGUGGAGAGGAAGAGGAGACAGGUUGAGGCGAAGGGGCUUAUUGAGGAGCUGGAGGGGCGGUGGAGGAGGUUGGUUAGGGGGGUUGUUGAGGUUGAGGUUGCGGGCGUGGUUUUGGAGGGGGAGGUUGAGGAGCUAAGGAGGAAGAAACAGAGGUUUGGACAGUGAGCGGUGAGCGGUGAGGUCGCGAGGUGCAACGAGCAGGAUGGAACGAGAUCCAAGCACGAGAGCUACAAGAAGCAGCGAUUAAGGAACAGACGUCUUCCUGAUCCGCUAGUCAUGAGGCAUGGAAGCACGGCAAUUUUCAGAGCAAGCGAUACUUAGGACGGCAGGGAAACGAGAUGAACACAACAGGUUCUAAGGGUUGAGAGCAAACAAGGUAUAAGAUUAAGUAGUUGAAAGGAGAAACGCCAUACCAAAACAAGAAAGCAAACACCUGCUAAAGUCCAGAAAAAGCUUUCUCUCAUAACGUACACCGUCGCACCAUAAAACGU